AUGCCAGAUCAAGACAAAGAAAAUGACGAGGCGACUGCUUUUCUCCAUGAUGAGGAUGAGGUGUCGCAAACAGGAAGAUGGGUUGCUUCACACAGCCAUUACCGACGUUGGUGUUGUUUAACAGCCGUUAAUUUGUUGCUGUUUUUGGUAUUCACCGUCAUAAAUUUUACUAUUUGGUCUCGUCGCGGUCCCAGUUCCUGGCAAACAGACUUCCCAGACGCACGCAAGGCCGUUCAAUACGAGGAACAGACAUAUACUGGAGCUUUAACUUACGAUGCGACCCAGCGUCGAGUUAUCCGUCUACACGACGCAAAAGUGGAAUACUUCGGACCGCCAAGUCCAGAAAUAGAGCAAGCGUGGGAGGAGUUGCUACACGGCAUGUACCAAACUCAACCGAAAAUAUGCAUAACCGUGCAUUUCUGA